CAGUCUGAGCCUUCCACGAGGCCAGGCCCCUACCUACGCCGUCAGCCUCCCCUGCAUGGGGCCUUAUAGCGAUUCCCGUCUGGGGCCCCCGGAUGCAGAGCGGUCCUCGCAGCCCCCCAAGAGGAGAAAGAAAAGAUACCUGCGGCAUGACAAGCCCCCUUACACCUAUUUGGCGAUGAUCGCCUUGGUGAUUCAGGCCGCACCCUCCCGCAGGCUGAAGCUGGCCCAGAUCAUCCGUCAGGUCCAGGCCGUGUUCCCUUUCUUCAGGGAUGACUACGAGGGUUGGAAGGACUCCAUCCGCCACAACCUUUCCUCCAACCGGUGCUUCCGCAAGGUGCCCAAGGACCCUGCGAAACCUCAGGCCAAGGGCAACUUCUGGGCCGUCGAUGUGAGCCUCAUCCCGGCCGAGGCGCUACGCCUGCAGAACACCGCCUUAUGCCGGCGUUGGCAGAACCCGGGCGCGCGCAGAGCCUUCGCCAAGGACCUGAGUCCAUACGUGCUGCAUGGCCAGACCUACCGACCGCCCACUCCCCAUACGCCACCCAGCGAGGGUUUCAGCAUCAAGUCCCUGCUAGGGGACCCCGGGGAGGGGGCAUGCUGGCCCCAACAGUCCCAGCAGCCUGGACAGAGCAGUCCAACUCAGGCAGGCAUAGGGUGCAGUGGGGAGGACCUGGUGGUGCCCACUCCACACUUGCCCUCCUCUGAGAGGCUUCUGUGGCCCCUCUGCCCCCUCCCAGUGCCCACAAGAAUGGAGGAGGAGACUUCCCAGGGGGCAAUCAUUGGGCCUCGCCUAUCCCCAGAGCCCAGAACCUGGCCCUUGCACUUCCUGCAAAGUACCUCAGACUCUGGGGGAGUGUCCAGUGGGGGAUGCAGGGCCUCCCUGUGGGGACAGCUGCCCACCUCCUACUUGCCCAUCUACACACCCAACGUGGUAAUGCCUUUAGCCCCACUACCAUCCACUUCCUGUCCCCGGUGCCCACCUUCAACCAGCCCAACCUACUGGGGGUGGGCCUCUGAAUCCCAAGGGUCUCCAAGGCUGCUCUGGGAUCUAGACUCUCUCUUCCAGGGAGUACCACCCAACAAGAGCAUCUAUGAUGUGUGGGUCAGCCACCCUUGUGACCUGGCUGCCCCUGCUCCAGGUUGGCUACUCUCCUGGUACAGCCUCUGA